UGCUACCUCCGACGCCGAAGAGUUACUUAGAACACAUUCUACUUCCGGUAAAGAAGAAAUAUAUUGACGAUUAAUUUGAUCAUUAUGUGACAACUACAAUCAAGCUACUAAAGACAGGAAACUUAUACACAAGUUACAGCAGCUUCAACAUCACACAGUAUCUUAAGAUGAUAUUGAGGUUCCUCUGAUGUAAUCAUUAAGGUGAAUCAGAGGUCACGACAAUAGCCAUGUCUUCUUCAACCUCUCCAAAGUCCUCCAGAAAGAGGAUUAAAAAACGACCUCCUGUAAAAUUAACUGUGAAGAUCCCCAGUCCUGAGAAAAAGAGAAAGAAAAUGAAAAGUGAAUCUCUGGAUUUUGAUGAUCAUGAUUACACAUGUACGGUGUGUGACUUUUGUUCCAAGUCAUUUGGAGAUGGGGCCAAGUUGUUGAGUCAUAUGAGGAAGAGUCACCGCCAGGGAUCACACAUCUGUAUGUGUCAUGGCAAGCUGUUCAAGACUCGCAGAAGCAUGCAAAGCCACGAAGAGAAGAUGCAGGACGGUACAAUGGGUCAGAGAAAGAACUAUCGGAAAUACACACAAGAAGCCCUGCUCAAUGCCUACAAUGCUGUGAAAGAAGGGAAAAUGUCUACAAGAAAAGCAGCAAAGAAGUUCAGCAUCCCUUUCACCACCCUCCUUGACAGAGUUGCCGGUCGGUUUGAAGUCAACACAUAUAUGGCUACCUCAGGGCCAAGGCCUCUCAUAAGCCGGGAUGACGAACAGAAGCUGUGUCUUCAUGUGCAGUUCAUGGCUGCAAUCGGCUACACAUACCUCCGAACCACUGUCACACAGCUAGCAACAGAACUUGCAACCUUCAAAUGUGUCCUUGAUGAAGGCAAGUCUUUGUCGGACAACUGGUACAGAAAGUUUGUCAAUCGAUGGCCUGAACUGUCCAAGAAGCCCAAAGGAGCCAGUGCUGUGUCUCCAGCAAGCACAGAAGUUGUGAAGAAGUAUUACCAAGAGUAUGUUCAAACACUGACCACACAUGGUAUUGAAGGUAAACCUGAGAACAUCUAUUGUUUAACUGUGUACGAACUGAACAUCCAGAAGUAUGACCAGAAUCAAGGAAAGAAGAAGUGUUCUGGCAAUAAAGUUUCUGAUAUGGUGUCCAUCAUCUUGUGUAGUAAUGCUGCUGGGUCGUCAAUUGCCCCUUUCUUUGUAUUCAGUGGUGGUGCUUACAGUGACAAGCUCAUGGAGGGAUCUCUGCCAAACUCACAAGCCCGCAUGUCACCUUCUGGGGUGAUGGAUAGCUCAAUGUUCAAGGACUACUUCAAGAACCAUCUUCUGAAGCUGCUGAAGGCAGACAUGGAUGUGAAGGAAGGGCCUGUGUUGGUGACAUACAACGGCCACCUGAUACACUUUGAAAUAGAGCGUAUUGAAUGGGCAAGGAAGCAUGGAGUCUUACUGUUUGCACUGCCACCAGUCACAGACCAUCUCAAGAGCUCACUGGAUUCAGAAAUGAAGGAUAUGUUCCACCAGCUGUUCAAGCAAGAGGCCAAGAAGUACCAGAAGAAACAUUUUGGAGAUCCACUUACAAAGUAUAAUGUCUGGAGCGUUGUCAGGAAGGUGUUUCCCCAAGUCUUCACAAAAAGGAUCCUGAUCCGGUUCUUCAAGAACGCUGGCAUCUAUCCUGUUGUUCCUGAACUUGUGGACCCGGAAGUGACCUAUGCAGAUGUCGAAGAUCUGGACGAGUCUGUGUAUGAUGAUCUGGAGAGCACUGAAGCCUUCCUUCAAGUUCGGCUACCAUUUCCCAAUGUAGCAAACAGAGUUCUCUUGAGGAGAAAUGGGUUGCCACUUCAGACCUCAAACAAGAUGCUUGAGCGGUUUGGUCAGCCUUCAAAGAAUAAUGAGAAGGCCCCUUUAAAGUUGGCCACCACGGAACAUUCUUAUGUACAUGGAGUGGUGUUGAGCCAGGCAGAGAACGAGACUGAUGAUACCGUGUCAGUGAAGCCAAUCAUUGAUGUGCCUCAUUCUAGUGGGCCCCUCUUUGCACCUGAUCCAGCCACAAAAGGGGUUAAAAUAGAAGACACAGAUACUGUGGAACAUGUGAUCAGGGUGGUCACCACCGCCAGUCACGUGGGUGUGGAGGACCCUGUCCCUGUUAUAGAGACACAGGUCGUGUCGUCAGUGGUGGAGGUGGGAACCACUGAACUUAUCCCUGUUAUCGACCUUGCAGGAGGCGCUGACGUAGGUGAAAGUCAAGUGCAAGAGUUCACAGUGAGGACCUCGAGUCAAGAACCUGGGUCAGAAACGGAUCCUGAUCAACCAGCAAGCUUACCUCGCUAUGCUUAUGUUGUAGAUCCGGCCACAAAGAUCAAAUACAAAAUAAUGUUUACUGAAUAGCUGAACAGCAUCAUUAACUCUUGGGUGAAACUCAUUUAAAUCCUGUUUAUCCCUACAGCUGAUUCUGUGAAAAAUGUGAGUUGGAUGAUUAUCCUUAUAUUUUUGGUAUGACUGGAUUGAUCUGUUCUCAUGAAAAGUGACACCUUUAUCCCAAAAGUAAACUCACUGUAACCCUUAAAACAUCACAACAUGUGAGCCGUGUACUUUUGUGUGUGCAGGAGGUUCCACUGGUCUGUAAAGGCUAGAUGUAUGUGGACUGGGAUGGACAUUCAGCUCGCCGUGUCCCUUGCACUCUUAUCAUCAGCUUGCAUCAAAUUCACUUGUAUUAAGAUAAAUAACAUAACAUAAUCUUG